GAAUCGAUCGGAGGACAGUUCGUCUACGAAUACACCUUAGGGUCUACUCCGUAACAGCAUUCGCAUCAUCCCAAGCCUCUCACUCCUAUGGACGACCUAUAGAUGGCCAUGAUCGAUAAUCCGAUGUUAUGACCUCGCGCGUUUCCAUUUCGGCGUCUACCUCUUCUGCCCGACCCUCCCUGUCGUCCAGGCGAUUCACCCGGCGCCUUUCUAGUCUCGAACACGGGGAGCCGACCCCAGAUAUCGCGCCUGCGGAACAGGCCAUUACAGAAGAGAUUGAAGAGAUAAAACGCUAUGAAGAUUUCACCACCAUUGACUGGGUUCAAGAUGCGGCUCAAGAACAAUCGCGCAGGCGUGCCAGGCGGAAAGAAUCCAGAUUCUUCGAACGAGAUGGUGUCCUGGGAUGGCGGCGCAAACUCUGGGAAUCCUACGAUGCUGCACAGGCUUGGAUCGUCAUCACCUUGGUUGGGAUCGUCAUUGGUCUCAAUGCUGCAGUCUUGAACAUCAUCACAGAAUGGCUGUCAGAUAUCAAGAUGGGCUAUUGUACCACAGCCUUCUAUCUGAACGAGGACUUUUGCUGCUUUGGAUCCGAAUCAGGAUGUGAUGAAUGGAGGAGAUGGAGUUCGUUCACAGUCGCCAAUUACUUCAUCUAUGCCAUCUUUGCCGUCCUCCUGGCAUUCAUCUCAGCGUAUCUGGUCAAAGGUUACGCACCGUACGCGGCCGGUUCAGGUAUAUCGGAGAUCAAAUGCAUCAUUGCCGGAUUUAUCAUGAAAGGAUUCCUUGGAUUCUGGACCUUUCUCAUCAAGUCUAUAUGUCUACCACUUGCGAUUGCUUCGGGACUGUCGGUCGGUAAAGAAGGACCGAGUGUGCAUUAUGCGGUAUGCGUCGGCAAUGUCAUUUCACGGUUCUUUGACAAGUACAAGCGAAGUGCGUCCAAGACGAGAGAGAUUCUGACAGCUACGGCGGGAGCGGGAGUGGCUGUGGCAUUUGGAAGCCCCAUCGGUGGUGUGCUUUUCUCGCUGGAGGAAAUGGCCUCGCAUUUUCCCUUGAAGACGCUUUGGAGGAGUUACUUUUGUGCUCUUGUCGCGACAGCCGUGCUGAGUGCCAUGAACCCUUUCCGGACCGGACAGCUCGUCAUGUUUUCAGUAAAGUACGACAGAGAUUGGCAUUUCUUCGAGAUCGUCUUCUACAUCAUUCUCGGUAUAUUUGGCGGGUUCUAUGGGGCCUUCGUCAUCAAGUGGAAUCUCAUGGCUCAAGCAUUUCGAAAGAAAUAUCUGUCGAAGUACCCGAUUCAGGAAGCUGCCAUCCUUGCUGGUGCCACGGCUCUUCUCUGUUAUCCGAACAUGUUCCUGCGGAUCGACAUGACCGAAAUGAUGGAAGUCUUGUUUCGGGAGUGUGAAGGUGAUUAUGAUUAUAACGGGUUGUGUGAGAAGCAGAACAGGUGGCCGCUUGUUACCUCCCUGCUCGUUGCGACGUUCUUGCGCAUAUUCCUUGUCAUCAUUUCUUAUGGCUGCAAGGUGCCAGCAGGCAUUUUCGUGCCAAGUAUGGCAAUCGGGAGCGCUUUUGGCAGGGCACUCGGGAUGAUCGUGGAGUGGCUACAUGAGUCGUUCCCUGCUUCACAGUUCUUUGCGGCAUGUCAGCCAGAUGUGCCAUGCAUUACCCCUGGCACGUACGCCUUCUUAGGAGCCGGAGCAGCCCUGAGUGGAAUCAUGCAUCUCACGAUUUCGGUCACCGUCAUCAUGUUCGAACUUACUGGAGCCUUGACCUAUAUCCUCCCUACCAUGAUUGUGGUCGGAGUCACCAAAGCAGUCGGCGACCGCUUUAGUAAAGCUGGUAUAGCCGACCAGAUGAUAUGGUUCAAUGGAUUCCCUUUCCUUGACAACAAAGAAGAGCAUACAUUCGGGGUUCCUGUGUCUCAGGUUAUGACUGGAAAUAUCAGCAUGCUCUUCUCGACUGGCAUGGAAGUUAAAGCCGUUCAGAAGUUGUUGGACGACACCGCGUAUUCUGGCUUUCCCGUUGUGGAAGACGGAGAUUCCAGAAUACUCCUCGGAUACAUCGGGAGGACAGAACUACAGUUUGCUAUCGAGCGAGCCAGGAAGCAAGGCAUGCUAGCAACAGAUGCAAAAUGCUCGUUCGUCACCGAACGCGAAGAUACCGCGGAGACACCAGCACCACUUACACCGGCGAUCACGUUCGACUCUAUGGCUCUGCAGACGUUGGAUCUCAGCCCAUUUGUCGACUCUACACCAAUCACCAUCCAUCCGCGCCUGCCACUGGAGACGGUCAUGGAGCUUUUCAAGAAGAUGGGUCCGCGAGUUAUUCUUGUCGACCACCACGGCCAACUCGAGGGGCUCGUUACCGUCAAAGACUGCUUGAAGUAUCAGUUCAAAGUCGAAGCUCAGGAACAUGCCGCUGCCCUUAGGGAUGACUCCAACGGCCAGCACGACAGGUUCGUGGAUGUACUCGCUAGGGUUGGAGAGUACUUCGCCGACAAGAUCAAUAACCUUUCGAGAGGGAAGCUGAGGCUUAACCCGCAUGUCGCAAAUGGAUGGGCUCGAGUAAGUGGAAACGAUACAAGACAUGACUUUGCGGACGACUAUAGACGCGAGCACGAGAUUUUGGACGGCACGGAAGAUCUGGCGGACCACGAGCGGGACGGCGUCGAAAUGAACACUAGAUGAGCGCAGUAUACUAUAUCUUUCUGUUCAGGAGGGCUCUCUGUCACUGUUGUCCGAUCUUGCUUUCGUCGUCGAUCUAUCUUUGUCUGCUCUCACGUUUUCAUCUCAGUUCCGUCUUCCCUGAUACUCUGAGAGGUGAG